GUCACUCUGCGCCGGCCCACUCCAUCCGCUGAUGGGAAAAGCAGGUUGCCGUCACAUUAAACUUGUUCUGUGAUUGGGAGGGAUUGAUUCCUUGCACUGGUGGUCUAGAGCAAUGUAAGUGUGGAGGGGAAGCGGCAGGAUCGGCUCAGGUGUCUGUGGGAGGCGAAACAAAGGCAAGGUAACCGCAGCUAGAAGGCCAUCCAGUGAGCCGUGGGCCCUCCCCUCACCCACAUUGUGUGCCAUUGAUCGCGGCUGCAGUAGUGUCCCCUCGGUCAGUGCGAGCGGUGACAGUGACAGUGUAGUGAGGCAGUGAUGGCAGUGUGUUGUGCAUGGCAGUGAUGAUUAUGGUGGCAUGUCUCGUGACGUGUAUGGUGGAGGUGGUGGGGGAGGCGGGGUGCCGAGCAGCCGGUCGCCCCGGCCCCAGCGUCGCGACCUGAACUCCGAUCCUUACUACCUGGACCAGGGCGGCCACCACCGCGCCCACAGCCCCCAGCCGUCAGCAGCCGCGCGCCGCAGCCGCUCCGCCACCCGCGCCGUCUCCCCAACCCUGGCGCUGGACCACGGCGGGGCAUACAUGGACCCCCACGCCACCAUGGAAGCGGACCGCCGCAGCGGAUCAGCACCAGGAACUCACCAUCGCAGCCGCAGCCAGAACAGAAGUAACGUGGGCCGCAACUACCAUUCUCUGGACCGUGAGGUGCACGACCGUGAGUUUAUGCCCAUCCGUGACCCCCGCGACCGUAGCAUGGAGCGUGGGGGUGCCAUGGACCUUCACGGGGUGCAAGGGGGCCAUAUGACCCGCCGUGAUCGUUCGCUGGACCGCGGGCCAAUGUUAGAGGACGACCUGUACCGGGACCAUCACUCGAUGGGAAGAUCUCGGGCCAGCCCCAAUCCGGACCUGAGUGGGCGCCAUGGGCAGACCGCGAUGGGUAGUAUGACCCGCGAUUCUUACUUCUCCGAGGUACAGAUGCACAAUACUGACCUCCAAAAAGAACUCGGAAACCUCAAAAAAGAACUUGAACUGACUAAUCAGAAACUAGGCUCGUCGAUGCACUCGAUAAAGACCUUCUGGUCGCCCGAGCUCAAAAAAGAGCGGGCCCUCAGGAAGGAGGAGAGUGCCAAGUACUCUCUCAUCAACGACCAGCUGAAGCUCCUCAACUCCGAGAACCAGAGACAAGCCAUGCUGGUGUGGCAACUGGAGGAGGAACUGCGUCAUCUUAGAGCUCGCGGCCCCAGUAUGGAGAAACAAGCCAUGUUGGUGCGGCAGCUGGAGGACGAACUGCGACACCAGAAGGCGCGGGGACUCAGCGUCGAGGUGCAGAGCCAGCUGGAGAACCUAUCGACGGAGAAUGACCACCUGACCCGCGAGGUAGCCAUCUUGAGGGAAACAAUCAAGCAAAUGGAGAGGCGCAGUGCUAAAGAGGCCAAGGGGCAGCAGGGGGCCCACGACUCCCUGCUCACGGAUAACGAUCGCUUAAACCGCGAGGUCUGCCUGCUGAGGGAGGCAAGCAAGGAGCUGGAGCUCAGAAUUGAGACACAGAAGCAGACGCUUGCGGCGCGUGAUGAAAGUAUCAAGAAGCUGCUGGAAAUGCUACAGCAGAAAGGAAUAGGUGAUAAAAAUAUAGAUGAGGAAGGGUCAGUAGAGUUGGAACAAACGCGAGCGCGCCUUGUGGAGACCCAGAAUGAGCUGGACCGUUUGAAGGAAACUCUGUGCCAGCGAGAGGAGGACUGUGAGAAGCUCCGCCAGGAGGCUCUGGAAGUGGCGGAGCGGCUGCGUCGCGAGCACGACCAUAGCUUCGGGGGGCCGUGGGGGCUCAACGGCCCUGCUGCUGGUGACGCCGGUACCUCGGCCACUCUGACGGCGCUGCUGGAGACCAAGGACGCGCGUAUCCUUUCGCUGGAGCGUGAAGUGGCACUCCUGGAGGGGGAGGUGGCUAUGGCCAGGGAGUCAGGAGGGGCGGGCCUUGGCGGGGUCCUUGUCGGGGGUGGCCUGUCCGGCUCCCGCUGGGGCUCCCGCGCCUCCUUAGUCACCCCGCCACCUACCGAUGACUCACGCCUCCUCCAGGUGCUGCAGGAGCGGGAGCGCAAAGCUAAAUCGCAACUGGAGGAGUCCCGGUUGGAGAUUCAGAAGAGAGACCAAGAAAUCCUUGCGCUGUCCGCGAAGAUGAAGACCUUGGAGGAGCAACACUCGGACUAUCAGCGCCACAUCACCGUGCUCAAGGAGUCUCUCUGCGCCAAGGAGGAGCACUACAACAUGCUUCAGGCUGACCAUUCCUCCGGUAUACUUCGUCAGGUGGAGGAGAUGCGGCAGCGACUUGAGGAGAAGAACAAGACCAUCGAGAAGAAGACCCAGCAGGCCCUCCAGACCACCCAGGAAAGGAACAAGCUCAACUCAGAGCUAACUGAACUUCGUGAUCACAUGGAUAUUAAGGACAGGAAGAUCAAUGUCUUGCAAAGAAAGAUUGAGAACUUAGAGGACCUGCUGCGGGAAAAAGACAACCAAGUAGAUAUGGCACGGGCCCGACUGACAGCAGUGCAGGCCCACCACUCUACAUCAGAGGGUGCACUGUCCUCUUUGGAAGAGGCCAUUGGAGAUAAGGACAAACAGAUCACACAGCUUAGAGAGCAGCGCGACAGAGCAGAACAAGAGCGGCACCAGGAGCAAUCACUGCAUGAGAGGGACAUUGCUGAGUACAAGAUGAAACUUCACACACUUGAAGGGGAAGUAGAAAAGCUGCAGGUUCGCCUUGAACGUUCACUGGCUGAGAAGGACAAGCUUGAAGCCAAACUUGAGUCCAGUCAGUCUGAGUUAGGCAAGGCUAAGGCAGAGUUGGAAAAGAUGCAUGGGGAAGUGGGUAAGAGUACAAGUGACUAUGAGUCUUACCGCCAUCGCCUCACCAAGCUUGAGAUGGAAAAUGACAGACUGAGGACUGAGAAUGAGAGGCUCCACCAUGACCUGGAGCGCUCCCACCCCACAUACGGCCGCUCCUCAAUACCUGGAGGCUCGGGAGAAGUGGAACGCUUGCAGGAGAAGCUAGACAAGUGUCAGGCAGAACUGCGGCGAGCACAGACUGAACUGCGUAUGAACCAAGCUGACUAUGAGCGGUCCCAUGUGGAGGUAAAGGUGGAGCAGCUGCAAGAGAAGGUGGAGAAAGCACAAGGAGAGAUUUACCGUUUGAAAGCCAGACUAGAGAAUGCUCAGAGUGAGAAAGACAGCGUUCAGGAAGAGCUGGAGCGCGCCCAGGCCACAGUGGCUCGGCAGCACAGUGAGAGAGAGCGCUGGGUGAAUGAGGUGGAAAAGCUACGAGAGGAGUUAGAGAGGUCUCAGGCAACAGUGGGCAAAGCACAGAUUGGACAGGAAAAGACGCAGUCAUCUCUUGAUAAGGUUCAGUCUGAAUUGGACCAACUUCAGGAACGUUAUGAGAGACAGAGUGCUGAGAUGCGCAGGAUACAAGCUGAGCGUGAGAAACAUGCUUAUGAAUUUGAACAAAUACAGAGUCAACUGGACAAGGCUCAUGGUCAAAAUGCCAGACAAUCCAAGGAGAGAGAAGCAGCACAGCAUGAGGCAGAUAGGUUGCGAGAGAAAUAUGAGAAGCUUCAAACUCAGAUGGCACGCCUGCAGAAAGAGCGGGAAGGUGCAAGUGCUGAGGUGGAAGCGCUGAACGAGAAGGUGGAUUUGCUUCAGACGCAAUUGGGCAAGGCUCAGAGGGACCGAGAGAAUACGUACGGGGACCUGGAACUCCUGAAGGAAAAAUACGAGAAGACCUCAACUCAGCUGCAGAAACUCAUGUUGGAAAGAGAUGACCGCUCAACUGAAGUGGAAAUUUUGAAGGAGAAGCUAGAGAAGGCACAAUCUCAGGCCACACGGGCACAGGAUGAGAAAGAAAUGGCCAACAGAGAGUUUGAAAGGGCACUUGAAAAGUUUGACAAAUCUCAAAGCGAGAACUAUCGACUACAGACAAGACUAGAAUCAGCUCAAGCAGAACAGGAACGCCUUCAAAUUGAGAUAGAAAAAACUCAAGUUCUGUUUAAUAAGAUUAAAGAUGAAAAGGUUAAACUUCAAGAAGAUUAUGAUCGUAUACAAGAAUCAUAUGAUCGCUCGAGUUUACAAUGUGUUCGAGCUAAGGAGGCUGAGGAGAAGCUAAAAGAAGAGAUUGAAAGACUCAAUGUAGACAUCACAAUUCUCAGGGAACGUUAUGAUAAGACAACAGUUGAACUCAGGAGAGUUGGCAGUGAGAAGGAAAAAUUACAGAAUGAUGUUGAUCAGCUAACAUUUGAAUUAGAAAGAGCACAGGCACAAUAUGGCAAAGCACAGAAUAAUCAAGAAAAGAGCCAAGAAGAAAUAGCAAGAUUACAGAUUGAAGUUGAAAAAUAUAAAGAUAAGUAUGAGAGAAAUGCUAUUGAACUCAGCAAAGUUCGUAAUGAAAAGGAAAAAUUGCAACAAGAAUGUGAAAAUAUACAGGCUGAAAUGGAUAGAGUACUAGUGAGAAUGGGCAAGUAUCAGGAAAAUACAGAAAGGACGAAAGAGGACUAUGAAAUGUUAAAGAUUGAAAUAGAAAGAGUAAAGGAUAAAUUAGAGAAGACACAAAUGGACUAUGAAAGAGAAUCUAUUUUGAGGGAGAAAUAUGAGACAGAAGUGACAAAGCUUAAGAGUGAGAUAGACAGAGCUGAUCAACACAGAGGCAAAUACCAGCUUGACUAUGAGAAAAAUAAGCAGGAUGUUGAGAAAACUGCAGCAGAGAAUGAGAGGUUACGAGAAAGAUAUGAUACUAGUCAGAUAGAGCUCCAAAAAGAAAAACUUCUAAAUGAAAAACUAACUGAAGAAAUUGCUGGUUUGAAGGCAGAUCUUGACAGGCCAUCAUCUAGAGUAGGAAAGUACACAACUCAAGACAAAUAUGAAGGAGGAGAAUUAGAAAAAGCUAAUAUUGAAAUUGAAAAACUGAAGGACAAGUAUGAGAGAUCACAAAUUGAAUGCACAAAAUCACAACAAAAGGUAGAGAAACUUGAAAGUGAAAAUGAUAGACUUAAGAGUGAUCUUCAGAUGAGUCAAGAGCAACUAGAGCGCUUCCUUUCUGCCCAGGACCGUAACAAGACUGAAGUAGAAAAGACCACUAUAGAAAUUAACAAACUAAGAGACAGAUUGGAACGAAUGCAGGCUGAAUUGACUCGUGCCCAAUCAGGAAAGGAGAAGGCAGAGAUGGAAGUCCAGCGAUUAACACAUGAAAUGGAAAGAUCCCAACAGCACAUGUCUAAAUAUCACGAAAGUAAUGAAUCUGCCAAAAUUGAAUUUGAGAGAAUGUCAGUAGAACUUGAAAAACUUCAUGAACGUCUAGAGAAAUCACAAACUGAACUUAGAAAAGCAAACGAUGCUAAAGAAAAGAUUGAAUCGGAGAACAGAAAAAUCAAGAGAGAUCUUGAUGAAAGUAAAAACAUGAUUGGUAAAGCAGCUGACUAUCAACAUAAGUAUAACAUGGACCUUGAGAAAUGCAAAGAAGAAAUAAUAAGGCUAAAUAAAGAACUUGAAAGAGCCAAAGAUGAAUUGAGUAAGGUUUCAACUGAAAAAGAGAGAUUGAAUACAACUCAAGAAAAACGUGAAAAGAUGAUAUCAAAACUAGAAACGGACUUAAAGCAGUUACAGUCUGAAAGAGACCAAUUAGUAAAACAGUUAGAGAAGUCACAAGAUAUGCUUCUUAACUUCCAACAAGAACUCAAACAGUCUGAAUCAGAACUGCAGAAAACUAAAGAAGAAAAUAAUAGAAUAAAGACAGAAUUAUCAAGUACAACAAAGGAAAUGGAACAAGGUGCCAAGGAUAUGUUAGAAGGUAGAGAAAAGGAAAUUCAGAAGUUGAAAGGGCAGCUUACAGUUAAAGAAAAGGAUUUCAACGCUUUGCGAACAGAAGCAGAAAAAGAAGUUCAACGGUUGCAGCAAGAAGUACAGAAGGCACAACAGAAUGCUCAGGCUGCACAGAAAGAGGCUGGUCUUAUACAGAGAGAAGCAGAAAAGGAGCUAAAGAACCUCAUUGUCCAGUUACAAGGAAAAGAAAAGGAACUUGCAACUUUACGAAGUGAAGGAGAAAAGUGCAGAUUGAGAGCAGAAAAAGCUGAGCGUGAUGCAGCAGAGAUGACCAAGCAGGUAAAGGAUAGUACUCUAAAGGGUGAAGGAGAGACUGCAAAGCUUCAACAAAGCAUAACUUCUGAGAAACAGAGAGCAGAUCAGGCUGAACUAGCAGUGCAAGAAAUGCAAAAACAAUUACAAAACAUGGCACAAGAGAGCCAAAAGACAACCCAUCAAAUACAACAGUUAACUCAGGAGAAUCAGGAGGCAAACAAACAGAUUCAACACCUAAACCAACAAAACCAACAAGCACAACAAGAAAAUGUCACUUUACAAAAACAGAUACAACAGUCUCAACAACAUAUACAACAGCAAACACAACAACAACAUAACCUACAACAGCAGCUUCAGAAUUUGCAACAACAAUUACAGAAACAGAGCAAUAACCCACGCGAUAGUCCUGACACACAGAGGCUAAAAGCUGAGCUAGACAAGGCUAACACUGAACUGAAGAACUCUGCAGUAGAGAAACAGAGGCUGCAGAAUCAGCUGGAGUUACUGGUGACUGAACUUGAGAAGAAGCAGCUUGAUUUGCAUGAAGCAAACCAAAAGCUUCAGAAUGGUGCCAGACCUGGAAAUGACUCGCAAGCAAUCAAGAGACAGUUGGAGGAACAGAUGAAGAUGGUGGAGCAGAAGGUCCACACACUGGAGCAGAGAAACAAGCAGCUUGAUGAGAAGGAGAAGACGUUAGUUGAUUUGGAUGCUCGACUGAACAAGAAGAGAGAACAGCUGAACAACAUGGAACAGCAGCUUGCCAAAGCACAAACAGCAGAUGGUGCCACUCCUUCAGAGGCUACUAAACAGCUCUCUGAAAUGAGGAGGGCCCUUGGAGAUAAAGAAAAAGAAAUUGAGGCUUUACAAAAGGCUCGUGAACACGCAGAAUCUGAGGUGAAGAAUGCACAGUCAGAAACGGAACGACUCUUACAACUGAUGCAGAUGGCACAAGAGGAACAGUUUGCCAAAGACAAGACAAUUAAGGAGUUGCAAGAUGCUCUCAGAGGAGGUGCUGGUGGAGGUGCUGCAGUAAAGAAGCCAGGUGCAGGAUCCACUCCAAGCACUCCGGCCAAGAUGGAUGGAAUUCCUGCUGGACUCAGCACAGCCUCAGCAGGUCAGAUGGCAGCACAAGCAGCAGAGAAAGCCACAGCAGCAUCUGAAGCUGCAAAGGCAACAUUGGAGCAAGCAAAGAAUGUUGCACAGCCAUUUGAUGGAAACUCAGGUAUUGAAAAUCAUGAAAUUGAUCUCCUGGAGAUGGAGGGGCGACAACGAGAGUACAGGCUACAUGUUGAACAGAUUGAAGUUGAUAUCAAACUGAAAGACUCCCUCAUAAACAACCUUAGUGAUGAAAACAAGAGACAGAGGGAACGCAUGGAAGAAUUAGAGGAAGAGGUGCACGCACUUGAAGAAGAGCUAAAGAAGAAUGAGAAGAUUGAGGAACUGGAACAGCUAGUGGUUGUGGUGAAGCAGAAAAAUGAGAGGAUAGAAGAGCUGGAAGAGGCCCUGAGGCAGAGCGUCCGCAUUGCCACUGACAUGGAGAUGGAGCAGCAUGAGGAUGAGAAAAGGAAGAAGGAAAUUAAUGAAAAGCUGGCCAAGCUAGAGGCAAGAUUAGCAAGUGCUCAAAAUGCUCACAACCUUCGCUGCACAAGUUGUCAAACUGUGCGGCAAAGAUUGACUCAGGUGGAGACUUGCUACAACCAAGUGGCCAGUGAGAGGCAGCACCAUCUUCAGGAACUCUUUGACAUGAAGCACGAAGCUCUCACAGCUGCCUUGAGUGAGAAGGACGCCCACCUUGCCCUGCUGGAGGUAGGAGGUGUAAGGUCCUCUAGAGCAGCCCAGGAGGUGGAAUCACUCAAAAAAGAAAAAUCAAAACUUGUGGAUGCAGUGAAACGUCUGGGCGAAGAGAGGGUGAGGCUGACGCAGGAGUACGCUGUGAGUAACCUCAAGCUAGAUGUUGAGCUUCCUGACACUCCACCUCCACAUCAGGACCCACAAGAUGACAUUGAUGAGGACUCAUCCAACUCCAGGACUCAUGUAUAGAGAGAAAGACCCAACACACUUUUGAUGUGGAGAGGUGUGGAGGCUUUUGAAAGAAGAAAAUAACAAGGAAAUGAGAAAGGAAAGUUGAUUAAAGGAAUGAAUCUCUGUGGAAGAGUUUGAAAAUUGCUGCUGAGUUCAUUUUGUGGGCUUUCAUCAGUGCUUCAUGGAUUCCUGAGAGCCUUCUUAUUUCUGCAUUAACUGAUCUUCAGAAAUGUUUGUUAAAGCAGUCUCUGAGAAAAUGAAUGUUGCUUUUGGAUGUUCUGAUUGAAAAGUAAAGCAAAUUCACAACUUGUAUGAAGCCAGAAUGCAAGAGUACUAUUUGCUAGCUCUUGUGAGACAUUCAAAUCACAGAAAUUGAAUGUGAAUCAGGUAUGUAUAGGUAAAUGCUGAUGGAGAUGAUAAAUUUCAUAUUUUGACCAAAAAAAAUCUAACCUUACAUAAAUAUACAGAAAAACUGAUGUUCUUAGUUCAGUUUUGAAGGCUUCUGAGCCAAAGCCAUUUGGAUACAUUGUGCAUGUAGUGUAUUACUCUGGUACUAGUGUUAUUGCAUCAAUGUUGCAGUUGUGUCACUUUAACUGGAGAUGAAGUUUCUUGCCCAGUGGCAUCUUAGGCUUCCAUAAUGUGGCUUCACUGAGUGUCUGUAAUGAUGUUCAGUAAUGUUCAAUACUGUGAUGUGAUUUAUAGACUGCGACAGUAGAUAUUAAAAUUUAUUGUGUGAAUGAAAGUAAUCCUGAAGUUCAAGGCAAAAGCAUCUAUUUUGUAUUCCACUAUGCUGUAAUACAACCCACCAAAAGUUCCUUAAACAAGUCAGCUGUAAACUGUUACUUGAAUAUAUCAAGGAAAAGUAUAUCUGAUUCUAGGCAGCCAUUCAGAGUAAAUAAACAAAUCAAGUUAAGUCAUGAGACCUUGGUUACAAUGUAACAAAUGAUGUGUAAUUGGUUGUGGCAGUUCCAUGUGAUUAAGGGGUCAUUCGUCCUAUAGAAGGUGGUUAUUAGUGUUUCCCAGUAGCACAUAUCAUUGAGUAGACCUGGGCCUUGGAAGGACUGUCUUCUGACCUGUUGGACAGGGUCCUUAGUGGUUGACUGGUGAGCAGCAGCAUUUUAGUUUUCUUAUGAAGACAGUUUGAAGUAAGGAUGUUCAGUGGAAAUAUUUAUCUUCAAGUGAAGGUCCGAACUAUUUAAAGAGGUGGGCAUUGGAAGGAAAUCCGUGUACAGUCUGUAUUUUCUGUAUGUAUAAUGUAUAUAAAGUAACUCAGUCAGAUUAGCUAGGUAGUGUGUUUCAUAGUCUGUAAAUUUUAGCAUCAUACAUUGCCAUCAGUGCCAUUCUGAUGAAGGGGCUACUACAGGGCUGCAACUGAUGGACUCCAAGCGGGAUUCAAAAGGGAUUCAAAAUACAUGAAAAGUACUUCUUCAGUUGUGAAGUGAAUCUAUAUAAGUGUGUAUUGAGCUGCUAUCCACUGUAUCCUUGUAACCCUCCCAGAGUUUCAGCUUCCUCUGUCUCCCACCCUACACCUUAUGUUCUCCAAAGGUUUAGCCGACAGUGAGGCAACUGAUCAAAAUGUUAGUGCCAUAAUAAACAAAGUGGAACUGUGUAGCAAGGUUUUCUGAAUUAUUCCACACAGGCACACUCCCCACAGAAUUAGUGAUGCUAAUGGUGUUUGACAACAUUGGUGGCUACCUUUUUGAACUGUGGACUUGAUUCUCCUCUCAGUGUAACAGAACUGCCAAAGGACUUUUACAUUCUAAAUAUUGACCUUUUUAUAACUUUAUGAUGCCAAUUGUGCAUCUCCCUGAGAGGAAAAUUGUACCCAGUAGAGGUUGUGAAUAAAAGAGGACUCACUGUCAAUGCUAACUGAUUAUAAGACAUAAUUUGAGUAUGAGUCUUUAACAUAUAUGUUUAUAGAAAACAGAAAUAUAUGUUAUCAAAUUAAGUCAAAUAAAGAAGGUUUCAAGUAAUCUUUUCCUAUGCUAGUCUUGUGAAAAUUAGCAUAAUAUAACUCAGGCAGGGGUCAUGAUGAUUUACCAAUACUGUACUUUGAUUCAAAUUUGACUCAGUCCCCUCCCUGGUGUGUGAGCAUGAACAAGAGAAAGAUUCUGCAUGUAACCCAUUCCACACCUGAACAACUUUGCCUAUAUAUUAUGAUCACAGGUUUUAUUAAUGACUUUGCUUCAAGGAAAGCGUUAUUGUAUUCCUAGCAUUUAUAUCUCAAAUUAUGAAUGCUGUCAUAAAUGAGUUUUGAGUACCUCUAAUACUCAUAUCUCUGAAAUUACUUCUUUCAUUAUCAUCAUUGAUACUACAUAUUAUCAUUAUAAUUUUACAUUUGUGAAAUGUGGAAGGAAGUAAUGAAAUAAUUUUUUCAUAAAGAGAUUUCAGCAUAAUUAUGGAAAGCUUACAUGUGCAAUAUGACAAUAAUUAUUUUGUUGAUAUAAAUUGACCUCUAAAAUGUCUCUCAAUGCUGAGGAAAGAUUGAGUGUGCACAAAGACAUGAUUUAAAGGAUAGGCUACAUACAUACAGAUUAAUUAUUUUCAAGAUAAAAGUAAAAGAAGACAUUGUUUUCUGCAGCAGAGCCUCUGUUAUUUUUGCAUAAUAGUAAUAGUACUGAUAAAAUUUGGGGUUCUGUUAUUAUUCCAUUUCCACAUGUCAGAAUACAGCAUAGCCAUAAUCCAUCCACUCUUGCUGAUCAGAAAACUGAUGCUGUUUUUAAGGAAUGUACAUAACCAUAGCUUCUUGUAAAGUAUAAACCAGUGCUACCAAUGUCAUAUGUCAUUUUGUUUCACUAACAUACUAACCUGAAAACUUAAGGAAUCUCCAAAUUUAUCUGACAUUAGUACUAUUGUAGGACACAUUGGAAUUUUUCAAGUAAUGUAAUACUAAUGUUGGCUGUGCAGAUAUUCUUCUCAAAUAUCUUUCUCUUAUUUGUAAGAAGAUCAUUCAUUCCCUUUUUUUUCCAUUUCAAAUCCAUAGAUGUGAUAAUCCAUCCAGUUAUUAAGGAUGAUACUGAACAAAUAAUUCUUCAUACUCUGUGAAAAUAAGCAAUAAUAUAAACUGAGAACAUGAAAUAUUUAAUGAUUAUGUUUACUAUAUUUGCUAUAUGAAAAACUCUACACAUGCAGAUAUUUACAGUGUUCAUACAUCAGCUUCAAACCUUGAAGCAAUUUUUUUGUCUAUGCACAGGUACUAGUGAUGGAUAGGUGAAAUGAUUACAUUAGUGGUUAGCAUGACAUGCUAUCACAGAUCAUUUAGGGGAGCAAAUUUCAUGAAUAACUGAUAAACAGUAAGUGUAGUGUACAACACACACACCACCAUUUGUGUGUAGAUAAACAACAAAAUAUUAGAUAAAGAAAAGAAAUGACUCUGAAGUUUAAUUCAUAGAACAGUGUAAGAAUUUAUUGAUGACAUGCAUUUUAUAACAGAAGGUCCUUUUAGAACUCGCUGUGUACAAAUGCUGAUGUACAUUUUUGCAAGCACAAUAAUUGCAGAAGCAACUUUUCUCGUUACAUGCUCACACACACACAUGCACACACACACACAUGCACACACACACACACACACACACACACACACACACACACACACACACACACACACACACACACACACACACACACAUACACACAAGCUAAUCAUCUUUAAGAGAUGCCUUUUAUAGGGGAUUAGUGUUACAUCUGAUGGCUUCAUUAGUAUUCACUGAUAAAUAAAAUGCUCUCUAAAUUAACAUACAUACUAGUGCUGAGACCUCAAAUUAUGUACAGUACAUGGUAUAUGAUAAAAAUGUAUACACUGAAAUUGUAAUGUAGAUGAUAUUAUCACAUUGAUGACUUGUUCCAGUGUAGUUUGUGGGGUUGGUUGGAUUAUGUUAGUUAUCACCUGUUUAUGUUCUUGCAUCAUGAUAAUUUAUUUCAUAAGGGAAACCUCUUCCUUUUUCUCUCCCAGGAUUUGUUUUGUUUCUGUGAAGGCCAGUACUCAUCUGAUGUCAUUUUGUAUAUACUGACCUACAAGUAUUUCACUCAAUAUUCUUACAAGCAUAUACAUACUUUUAUCUUUUUUUUUUAUUAUUUUUUUUAUUUAUUUUUGUUUUUUACACAUCCAUGUACGAACUCUAUGUACUUUGAAAGUUUCCAUUCAUUGUGUUAUACCACAAUUUUCUUCCCUCUUAUCAUGUGUAUAUGUCUGAAUGAGAAGCUGUAUUGUAAACACUAGCUAUUUAUAUAUCACAAAUCUUUUCUUAGAGUUCUUAUAACUAGACAUCAGGAUUCAUGACAUGUAUUUUCAGACUGUCACUAUUAGGACUGGUUUUCACUAGACUAUCUUCUGGAUAGCUGCCACUUUAUGACAUUCUUGUAACCUGCCUUUUUAAAUGACAUUUUCAUAUUGGCCUUUAUAUAUAUAUAUAUAUAUAUAUAUAUAUAUAUAUAUAUAUAUAUAUAUAUAUAUAUAUAUAUAUAUAUAUAUAUAUAUAUAUAUAUAUAUAUAUAUCUUGGCUGGAAUUUGUUGCUCUACAACCUUGUAACACACAUGCCAUUUGUUUUUAUUUUGUGAUUGAAGGCAUAGAUUCUCAUUUGUGUAUAUAGUGUGUAUGUACAUUGUAUAUACAUGCAAAUAUAUACAAGUACUCAUGUAUUUUGGGCACAAAUGUAAUAUUUAAUGGAAAGGAAAUAUGUAAGGUCAACAUUUUUUAUUUUAUUUAAUUUUUGUUUAUUGUUUUUUUUUUUUUUUGUGUGCCUGUGACUAAUUUCAGUUGUGAUCAUAUCUCAAGUCUGGCCAUUUACAUCACUGGGACUGUGAAGGCUGGCACAUGUGUCUGUUCAGGCCCUGCCUGGGUCUUUAAAAUGCUGCCUUCACUUUGGAUGAUGGUCAUUCACAUAAAUAUUGCAUGGCUCCUGCCUCUUACAAUUUGGUGGUUUGGCACAUAGUGAAAGCAUAUCAAGAAUACUUUUACCAAUAUGAAAUAUUGUAACCUAAUGUUAAAUUUGGAGGUGGGAAAACUGUAACCUAAUGGUAAAUUGCUAUAUGGGGAAAUGCAUGUAGUGGUGUCAGAUUAUGUAAUACUAUAAAAGAAAGCAAACUGGCCAAAAUAACAAAAUAUUCAUGGGGUCAUUUAUAUAAACAUUCAGCAGUAAUUAUUCUGUGGAUUCAUGUGUGAGGCAAUUUCUUAUAAAUUGAGCCAAAUGUGGUGAUGUGUUGAUGGCCCAGACCCUUGGCACUGGCCUGGUAAGUGCUUCUUCUCCCCCUGUCUGGAGCCUGCCAGCCAUGCCUCACCAACCACAGCAGAGCAAGAGUGUGUAGCAUAAUACUGUGUCUCUGUUGGAAAUAGUCAUAAAAUGAUUGGCAGCUAAGGUUGAAAGUUAGUUCAGAACAUUCACUAAUUAUUCAACCUUAAUGGCAUUUGAAGCAUAGCACUAUUUCCCCCCCCCCCACCUAUUACCCAUUUAUAUAUAGAACAUUCCCACCCACACAUCCUACUCCCUUCAGGAAGUAACUAUAGUGUGUUAGUGUGUUGUGGAUGCUUUCUAUGGUGGUCACUGUGCAAGGAUGUUGAUACUAUUUUUGUUGGUUUGUUUGUUUCUUCUGGCAGUGAUGUAAGAGGAAAAUAUGUUGGGUGCGUCUAGGUCACAUAGAUAAGGAAUUGUAAGAUGAGGUGAGGGUGAAUGUUGCAUCUCUUUGUCCCAGUAACUUGACCUUUGUCCUACCAUUGGGAUGCCUCUCCACACCACCACCUACAGUCUACCAGGCAAGAGAGACUUUAUGGAAAAAGAAAACUAAUCAAAUGCAUAAUCUAAAAUGGAAAUUAUAGUACAUGUAUAUAGUAUUAUUUCAUGACAUAAUAUUCUGGCUGCAUUAGAUCUUACAAUUAGACAAUCUCUGCCUGUAAAAUGAGCUGGUGUUGUUGGGGUGGUGACUAUGAGAAAACUUUAAAAAGUAGCUAUAUUGAUGUUUAGCUCGCAAACUGUUGUCUUUUUCUUGCCCUCCCAACUCCCUACUUCUGAACGUCAUGUCCAGCAUGUUGAACAAUAAAGUUGAUCUUACAAA